AUGAGUCAUCUUCAGCAAUUCAGCCUUUGUUUUAUAAGCAGAUAUCUUCUGGCAUGGAGUUGGGGGAUCAUGAACAACCUGUUGUUAUGAGAGAGGAAAACAAACGAAGGAGAAGAAGAAUGAAACCUCAUUGUACAUCGAGUAGUUUUUCAUCAAUGGAACUGAUACCCAUUGAGUUCAUUUUACCUACAAGCAAUAAACAUACUAAAGCACCAGAAAUUAUGUUACUCGAAAUAGCUGGCAACUGUACGGUUGAGCAAAUGAAGGCACAGAUUUGGAUGCGUGCAAUAGAGAUGAGUCAAACCACAGACUUCUACCAUGCAUUCACGCCAGAUCAGUUUAUUCUUCAGUAUCAGAAGAAAGGGCAAUGGUAUGAAAUUUAUGAUAAACAUCAAGUAUUACAGACAUUGGACUGCAUAUUGUACUGGAAGGUGUUACAGAAAAAGGUAGGCAAGAUCUAUGUUGUCCAGAAACAAAAACCAUCAGAAGAAGUUCAGGAAUUUCAGCAGCAACUUAAUGAUUUAAUUGGUUAUGAUGUCACUGAUGUAAGCAAUGUGCAUGAUGAUGAACUAGAAUUUACCCGACGCAGAUUAGUCACUCCACGAAUGAUAGAGGUAGCCUGCAGAGAUCCUAAAUUAUACGCAAUGCACCCAUGGACUACAUCUAAGCCACUCCCAGAAUAUUUAUUUAAAAAAAUCACUAAUAAUAACAUUUUCAUAAUCAUACAUAGAGGAACUACUAGUCAGAAAAUUAAAGUGUCAAUAGAUGACACUCCAGAUAUGAUUCUCCACAGCUUUUUCACAAAAAUGGCAAAGAAAAAGUCUUUGAUGGACAUUCCUGAAGAUCAUAGUGAACUGGAUUUUGUUCUCAGGGUUUGUGGCAGAGAUGAGUACAUUACUGGAGAGACACCAAUCAAAGAUUUUCACUGGAUAAGACAGUGCCUUAAGAAUGGGGAAGAAAUCCACCUUGUCCUUGACAGUCCCCCAGACCCGAAUGAAGAUGAGGUUCGGAAGGAAGAAUGGCCCUUGGUGGAUGAUUGUACAGGAGUUACAGGGUAUCAUGAGCAGUUGACAAUAGAUGGAAAAGAUCAUGAGAGAGUCUUCACUAUCUCUUUGUGGGAUUGUAAUAGAAAAUUUAGAGUGAAAAUAAUUGGCAUUGAUAUCCCAGUUUUACCAAGAAAUACUGAUCUUACUGUAUUUGUAGAGGCUAACAUUCAACAUGGGCAGCAGCUCCUUUCACAGAGAAGGACUUCAUCAAAGCCUUUUACUGAGGAGGUUCUGUGGAAUAUUUGGUUGGAGUUUGAUAUCAAAAUCAAGGAUUUGCCUAAAGGAGCACUUCUGAAUCUUCAGAUAUACUGUGGCAAAGCACAGGGACCAUCUGCAAAAACAAACCUUCAGUCACACGAAUCCUCUAACUCUGAUGCAAAAUGCAAAACCCAGCUUCUCUAUUAUGUAAAUCUUUUGUUGAUAGAUCACCGUUUUUUGCUACGAAGUGGGGAGUAUGUGCUCCACAUGUGGAAAAUUCCAGGUAAGGGGGAAGAACAAGGAAGUAUAAAUGCAGACAAACUCACAUCAGCAACUAACCCGGAUAAAGAAAACUCAAUGGCUAUCUCUAUUGUGCUGGACAAAUAUUGUCACCCAAUUGCCUUGCCCAAGCAUAGGAUAUCAUCAGACCCCCAGGGAGACAGGACCCGAGCUGAAAUGCCCAACCAGCUUCGCAAGCAACUUGAAGAGAUCAUAGCAACUGACCCACUUAAUCCACUUUCUCCUGAGGACAAAGAACUGUUGUGGCACUUUAGAUACGAGAGCAUAAAGCACCCCAAGGCAUAUCCUAAGCUGCUUAGCUCUGUGAAAUGGGGACAACAAGAAAUAGUGGCCAAAACAUACCAGUUACUAGCUAAAAAAGAGAUUUGGGAUCAGAGCACUUUAGAUGUUGGACUCACAAUGCAACUUCUGGACUGUAACUUCUCAGACGAAAAUGUCCGAGCAAUGGCAGUUCAAAAACUGGAAAGUUUAGAAGAUGAUGAUGUUCUUCAUUAUCUUUUACAGCUUGUGCAGGCUGUGAAAUUUGAGCCAUAUCAUGACAGCGCAUUAGCCAGAUUUUUGCUGAAACGUGGUUUGAGAAACAAAAGAAUUGGUCACUUCUUGUUUUGGUUCUUAAGAAGUGAAAUUGCCCAGUCCAUGCACUACCAGCAGAGGUUUGCAGUCAUCCUUGAAGCCUACCUUAGGGGCUGUGGAAAAGCAAUGCUGCAUGAUUUCAUGAAGCAGGUUCAAGUAAUUGAAUUGCUGCAUAAAGUCACAAUGGAGAUUAAAUCAGUUUCUGCAGAAAAGUAUGAUGUUACUUCUCAAGUUAUUGCACAGCUGAGACAAAAGCUUGAAAAAUUACAGGGCAGCAAACUUCCAGAAAGUUUUAGAGUUCCUUAUGAUCCUGGGCUGAGGGCAGGAGCACUAGUGAUAGAAAAAUGUAAAGUAAUGGCGUCUAAGAAGAAGCCCCUCUGGCUUGAAUUUAAAUGUGCAGAUCCAACAGCUCUGUCAAAUGAAACCAUAGGCAUCAUCUUCAAACAUGGAGAUGACCUCCGUCAGGACAUGCUAAUUUUACAGAUUCUUCGAAUUAUGGAAUCCAUUUGGGAAGCAGAAUCCUUGGACCUCUGUUUGUUGCCAUAUGGUUGCAUUUCUACAGGGAACAAAAUAGGAAUGAUCGAAAUUGUGAAAGAUGCUACAACAAUUGCCAAAAUUCAACAGAGUACAGUUGGGAACACUGGUGCAUUUAAGGAUGAAAUACUAAACCAGUGGCUCAAGGAAAGAUGCAUGAUUGAAGAGAAGUUUCAGGCAGCUGUGGAGAGAUUUGUUUAUUCUUGUGCUGGAUACUGUGUGGCAACCUUUGUACUUGGAAUAGGAGACAGGCACAAUGACAACAUCAUGAUUACAGAAACAGGUAACCUUUUCCAUAUUGAUUUUGGCCAUAUUCUUGGGAAUUAUAAAAGCUUUCUUGGAAUUAAUAAGGAGAGAGUUCCUUUUGUGCUGACUCCAGAUUUUCUGUAUGUCAUGGGAACUUCCGGAAAGAAGACAAGUCUCCAUUUCCAUAAAUUUCAGGACGUAUGUGUGAAGGCUUAUUUAGCUCUCCGGCACCACACAAACCUGCUGAUCAUCCUGUUCUCCAUGAUGCUAAUGACUGGAAUGCCCCAAUUAACCAGCAAAGAAGACAUUGAAUAUAUCAGCAAUUAA